AUGCCGCCUCGAAAAAAGAAUGUCCAUCCGAACACACUUGCAAACCUCAAAGUGGGACGGAAGAGGCGAACGGAGAUAGAAGCACCAGACCAGGAGAAGUCAGACGUAUCCAUACCCCAAGAGAACCAAUCGUCGUCCUCAGGCGUCGAGUCGUCCACAGACCAGCCUCUCCACGUUGAAGUACUUCCGACAUCCGGUCCUGUUACCACUGGUGGGAAGGAGAAGAGAAAGAGCGCGGCGGUUGCAUCUGCGGAGGUUGAAGGUCCUGAUGAUGACGAGUGGAUGCCUCCCAAGAAGAAAAGAGACUUGGAGAGGAACAAGAGUCAGCGAAAAGAGAGACCAGACAAGUACGCCACGGGACCAGACAUCUCCGUGAAGGCGCCUCGUACACAGCGACGAUACAAGGCAGCAUGGGCGACUCAGACCACGCUCGAUGGUUUCCUAUCAUCAAAGCAGACGGCGACAUCAGAAGAAACCGGGGCUGUUUCAGAGGAUGAAGACUGUCCCUCCGUUGUCUGUUGA